UUGAAGUGUAUCUUCAGCGGCUCGCGCAGAAUUAACAAUCAGAGAGAAGAGAGCGCCGCGAAGCCCUGCCUCCUGGAGGUCUCCAGUAUCCUCACCAACCUCCUCUCUGUCUCUCUCUCUCUCUUUCUACCUACCGCAAGCAGAAAGCUUUCUUCCCCGCUGACCAAUACUACAACACAGGUCCUGGGAUUCUCGAGCUUGCCCAGCUGACAAGCUUUUGAAGAUGGCACAAUAAUAGUCCAGUGAUGCCUGACCAUGACAACAUAGCCCUCUUAACUAGACAUACGAAAAGACGCAGGGUCGACAUUGGAGUGAAGAGAACUGUAGGGACAUCUACAGUGUUUACUAAAGCGAAAGUGAAGCUAUUCAGUGCCAUGAAUCCCCACGGUUCAGAUCAGGACAUUGAGUGCUCAGUGGUCCAACAUACAGAUGGGGACAAAUCAAAUGUGCUCCGCAAGCUGUUGAAGAGGGCAAACACAUAUGAAGAUACCAUGAUGCCUUUUCCAGGAGCUACCAUAAUUUCCCAGCUGUUGAAAAAUAAUGCAACCAAGAAUGGAAGCUCAGAGCUCAGUUUGCAAGCCAGCGGUCUCUCCAGCACAGGCUCAGAAGCAAAUCAGGAGGAUGCCUGUAGUAAUUCUUCAAGGGAAAGUACUCAAGAAUGCGUUUCACCGUUUAGCAGACCUAGCAUGAGCCAAUUUGAUGUGGAUCGUCUUUGUGAUGAACAUCUGCGAGCUAAACGUGCCCGAGUUGAGAAUAUAAUUCGAGGCAUGAGUCAUUCACCAAAUGUGGCGUUGCGGGGUGGAGAGAAUGAUCGAGAUGGGGUACAGCAGCCUGUGAGUCCCCGAGAAAGCUAUAGGGAGAAUAAACGCAAGCAAAAGCUUCCCCAACAGCAGCAGCAAAGCUUUCAACAAUUGGUUACAGCUCGGAAAGAGCAGAAGAGAGAAGAACGUCGGCAAUUGAAACAACAGCUGGAAGAUAUGCAGAAGCAACUGCGGCAGCUCCAGGAAAAAUUCUACCAAAUAUAUGACAGUACAGAUUCUGAGAAUGAUGAAGAUGGUAACCUGUCUGAAGACAGCAUGCAAUCUGAGACUGCUGAUACAAGAGCACAUGACAGGUCUGACAAUGAGAUGUCAGACCUAGAUCCAGGACACUUUCUUGAUCGUGCUCGUGCUCUUAUUAGAGAACAGGAAAUGGCAGCAGAAAAUGAAAAACUGAAGAGAGAUGGCCACUCAGGAAAAAGUCAAGGCUCAACCAACUUGCAUGCUGAAGGGAAACAGCUCGCUGAGACUCUUAAACAGGAGCUUAAUUCAACUAUGUCACAAGUAGUAGACUCUGUUGUUAAAAUGUUCUGUAAAUCCUCCCACCAGCUUCCUCAGGUCUUCCCACCUAUCCAGAUUCCACAGGCAAGAUUUGCCGUGAAUGGAGAGAAUCACAACUUCCAUACUACUAAUCAACGGCUCCAAUGCUUUGGUGAUGUCAUCAUUUCCAACCCGUUGAACACUUUUGCCAACAUGCAUGUACCUAAUUCUUCAGACCAGACAGAAGCACUGCCUCUUGUAGUACGCAAAAACUCAUCUGAGCAGUCCGCCUCCACUCCUUCUAUCGGUGGCCAUCACAGCUCUCUUCAUCAGUCUCCGCUCUCAGCUGCAGCGGGAUUUUCAUCCCCUGCCUUCCGCCAUCCACUGCCUCUUCCUCUUAUGGCAUAUUCCUUUCAGAGUUCUAUAGGUAAUGCAUCCAGCACAGUUUCUGGGAAAGACAGGUCAUCUCCUGAGUCAUUGGACUUGACCAGGGAAACUGCCUGUCUGCGGACCAAAGUGUCAUCACAUCACAUGAACCAUCGUCCGUGCUCGCCAAUGCAUCCAUCCAGCACAGCUGAAGGUCUCUCUUUGUCUCUCAUUAAAUCUGAAUGUGGUGACUUGCAGGAUAUGGCAGACAUUUCACCAUAUUCUGGAAAUACAAUACAGGAAGGACUGUCACCUAAUCACCUGAAAAAGGCCAAGCUGAUGUUCUUCUACACGCGGUACCCUAGUUCCAACAUGCUGAAGAUGUUCUUCUCUGAUGUGAAGUUUAAUAGGUGCAUCACCUCACAGCUUAUCAAGUGGUUCAGCAAUUUCCGAGAGUUUUACUACAUCCAGAUGGAGAAGUUCGCUCGUCAGUCUAUUAAUGAUGGAGUAACGAGCACUGAGGAGUUAACUGUCUGCCGUGACUCUGAGCUGUUCAGAGCCUUGAAUAUGCACUACAACAAAGCAAAUGAUUUUGAGCAGGUUCCGGAGAGGUUCUUGGAAGUGGCUCAGAUCACAUUACGAGAGUUUUUCAAUGCCAUUGUUGCAGGCAAAGACGUUGAUCCUUCCUGGAAGAAGGCCAUCUACAAGGUCAUUUGCAAGUUGGACAGCGAAGUCCCAGAGGUUUUCAAAUCUCCAAACUGCCUACAAGAGCUACUACAUGAGUAAAGAUGCUGAGAGCCAUUUGAAUGUAUCAGAUGUAAUAUACCCCUUCUGUUCUGAUGUCCAAUCCUUGUAUUCCUUUUCUCAGCUCUGAUUUGUUAAUUUUCCCUAAUGUUUUACCCUUUUACAAUUGACCUUGUAAGAAGAUUAUUCACCACAGCCUUGAACCCAGUAAAACUGAUACCUGAACCCUUCUGUUUCAAAGAUUAGAUUAGAUUUGAUUUAUUGAAGGAAAAACUAAAGUGUGAGAGUGUACUUUUAAUUUUUUUUUAUUUCAAUAUAGGGUGUUACACCUAAAGUAAUCUGCUCUGUCAGACAGAAGGAUUUAUUAAUGAUUACUUGUGGCAAAUGGCAAAUAACUAUGACAUCAUUUGGACAAUAAAAUAGCUGUCAUGGGAUACAACACUACACACUAGGAGGUUUCACCUAGCUAUAUCAUUAUAAGUGAAGACUAAGCCUGCUGUUGUUUUGAUCUCAGGCAUGAAAACAAUUGAUCUUUGCCCCCAUACUAGAAUGCACCAUAUAGUCAGAGCUUACCUAAUGUCAUUUUUAAUCCACAUAACCAUCACCUUACAAAUGUUUGAUUCUGCUGUCUCUAGCUGACAUUGGUCAUGUUGUACUGAUACGCAUGUUACAGUCAACCAUUGUUGUCCCACUAAAAUUAUUCUUUUCUGCCAACAUUCAUUACUUCUUCACCCAACAGUUGUGUUUUCCUGCAGUAACCGAGAAUCAGGUGUUUGUUCAUUUCUAAUGAUUCCAAAUUAAUUUGCAAAAUUUCGUGGCUGGCCAAAUCACCAGAAGUAGGUUCAACUCUCGAGCUAGCAUGAGGAAAAUAAACAUUUUCAGUUAGUUUCUACUAAAUUCUAUUAAAACUUAAAAACUCGUAUGCUUCUAUUCAAAACAAAGUUGUCCAGUCAACCUGCUGUUCUUUAGCAGCAGCUUGCAUUGAACCUAUAGCUGAGAUUUGGAGUUGCUAAUGUGCUGCAUUAAGAUCACUUUUAUUUACUGAAGCAAUGUACUGUAAGCUGACAGAUUUUCAAACCAACUGAUGUGCUGUGAACUUUAUCGAAGGCUUUAUUUUGUGGCUGUGCUGCUUGAAGUAAUACUAAUGUAACGGUUUGCAUUGCAUAGCAUCACUAAAGAAAAGGAACUUGAAAAUUUAAUUGAACUAAUGAGAAUGUGUCAGCUUAUCACUUGAAAUGAUGAAAAAAAAUCAGAUUGUCAUUGUUUAAAAUAGAGGAAAUCCAUUCAGGUACAAAAGAAAAAAUCUCAUGCAAAAAAAAAGUGCUUUAAAGUGCAAAUCAUUACAAGAGUACUGUUGAGUGCGUUAUUGUAAUUAGAAUACAGAUUAUUUGUGAAAAUGAUUGCUUGUACAUAGUGUGCAACCAUUCUGUUGACAUGGGAAAUCGCAUGUGCAUAAACAUGCCAUACUGUUAGAAUCAGUUUUAAACUAAAUUGCUCACCACAGGGAAUUUGAGGCUGUGACCAGAUUUAAUCUGAUUUCUGUUAACUGCAACUAUAUAAAAAAAAUUACAUUCUGUUUUAAAUUAUUUGCAAGGACAUCUAUAUUAUUAAAUCUGAUUUGAUGCCACUUCAUAAACAGCAAGAUUUCUCUCCCUCAUCCCAUUAUCUUCUGUAGCAUUUGGUUUUUAUGUUGGUAAUGACUGCUGUAAGCGUCUUGAGUCACUAGAUGAAGAGAACAUGCUGAACUGUGUACAAUCUUUUAAAUUUAUAUAAUAUAUAUACAUAUUUACGCAGUCAUACUGCAAAUGCCCUCAUUAGCCUGAUUUAAUUGUUAUCGGAGUGUGAACUUUAGUAAUAGUGUGUUUAUUUUAUUUGCCAACGUAAUUACUACUGAGAGCAAAUUUCUAUAUAUGACAUUGUGAUCUAUACCUGUAUCUGUGCCAGUUCAUUUGAUGUUAAACCAAUCCAUUUUGAUCACAUACAUUUUGAAUCAAUCAGAUCCACCAGCCAAUAUGUUCACAAGGUAUUUUAAAAUGACUAUACUGAGAUGUAGUGAAGUAUUAUAACUGGAUUUGAAUAUAGCCACUCUGCCUUUUAAUUGCAGUUUCUGACAAAAUGAUGAAGCAUGCAAGUGUGCACUUUCCGAAAACACACUUUAUGACAUCCUAUUCUAAAAGGAUUGGCAUAAUUAUUGCACCUUUUGAAAUGUGUUCAGAUUUUUCAACUUCUCAUCUCUCAUAAUCCAGUUGCUUAUAUAGUACAUUUAUGCUGAUCAUUUGUUUAUAAUGUUAGAUCCCCGCAACUGCAGGAUAAAAAUGGUUCCGGUACCUGCCUAUGUUAAAAGUAAUUAAUGUCAUUCAUUCUUUCUGUUUUAUGGUCUGAUGCAGUUUUUUUUUGUCUAUUUGGGAAAUUAAUCUAUACAACCAGGUGUUAACUGGAUUAUGUCAUCAGGAGUUUCUGGAGUGCCAGCUGGAAAUUCCUGAUUUUAAGCAGUGAUUCACUCAACAAUUUACAGGCUGUAGAAAAGCUGAUACUGCAUUGUAACCAAGUUCAAUUAUUAGCAUUAUUGGAAGAGAUUCCAGUAGGUUCCCGGUGCACUGCCUUGGACAAUACCAAACUGAAGUACAGUUAGUUAUAAUGGCUUAGACUGUUCUAAGCUAUUCAUCACAAUUGGUCACCACCUGACUCUUCUUUGCAAAAUGACCUUGUCACUUUAUGAUACAUCCAUAAUUGUUUUAAUCCUUUCAGUGGCAUUCAUCUAUAUUUAGUAUUGUGUUAAAACUACUGCAGGAUAGUACAAAGCUAAAUUUAGGAUUCCUGUGUUAUUUUUCCUCUUUUACAUAAAUCAGACAUGAAUUCAGUAUGUAAUUCAGCAAUAUUGAAUUCAGUUCUUAAUGUGUGGAUAUGUUGGUUAAAUGACAUCUGCAGGACUGUAGUUUCAUGGCAAGCAUCUGCACAGUAUUCCAGAUUAAAAUUUGCAGGACUACAAAAUUUAAUUCCAGUAGAAUCUGAAUACAUUAAGGCUGAGUUAAAUACAACUGGUUAUAAAAACUGUUCAGGCCCUAGAACCUUGUGUUUGGAUUUCAGUAUUAGCAAUCUUAGUUGCUGUACAGUGUUCAAACACAUCAAUACUAUACAGAACAUGUUUGAAAGCAAAGUAUAAUUUCAGCCUUUAAAAUGAAGUAAUCCCACUUUUUGUAAUUUUUUAUAUUUCUUUUAGGUAAGGAUUACAUUGCUUCAAAAGCUACUUUAUUUUGAGUAGAUGAAUAAUGAGGAUUAAAAUCUGAUUUAUAUAGUAAAAGUUUAGCAUUUGUUAGAAGCUGAGGGGAUAAUAUGGUACAAUAGAGUGAAUUAAUCAUUCAUUUGAUAAUGAUGUGGCACUACAGCAUUAGUGAAAUUCAUUAUUUUUGAUUUCUUUUACACAGAGGUGUUGCUGCUUGCCUAAGACGUUAUAACAUUAUAAUUGGUCAAGGAAAAUGACAUGUACAACAGCAUAAACACUAAGCCAAUGAAAGAGUUAAAAAUAUUAUUGGAAUUAUGUACUGUCAAUCUUCCACCAUGAGCAGCAGAUAAUUAGUAUUGAGAGACCCAGCAUCAAUGUAAUAAUUCGAGCACCAUCAGAAGUACAAAUUGUGUUUUUGGUUAUGUAAUAUUUUCAUGAUAAAAUUCAAUCUGAAAAAUGGAGUUCUCUGAAGAUGGGGAGAGCACUUAAAGUCCAGAAUAUGCAAACAUUUAACACAUUUUCCAAAUUUAAAAUUUAAAAACCAUAAGGAGUAAAAUUUGAGAUUUUGUCCCCCAAUGCUACAGUUUAACUAGUUGUAUGUGUAGUUUUUGGAUAGAAAUGCAGGGAAGCAAUUAAUGUCAGCACUUAGCCUUAAAUCCUGCUGACUUCAAAAUAACAGCACAAUGCCUGCAAUACCCUAUCGGUAUUAUGAAGCACUUGCAGAAUCUGCAGACUUUAGGCAAUGCAGACAAUAGCAAUGGAGUGCCAAUGUAUUUACUAUGCAUCUAAAGCAAGUCUUUCUUUUAGUUUUGGUAUGCCCCAAAGUGCUGAAUGUUUUAUUUUGGUUGUGUUCUACACUCUUUCUCAGCCCUGCCUGACAGAACUAUGUACCAGUCACUCAGUCUCAAUUAGUACUGACAUGUUGUGACUAUGAAAUUUGAAAUCAAACUUGUCUAAUGAAAUUAGUCAUGAAUAUUGGUGGUCCUAUUAUAGGAUUGACCUUGAAGAAUACAAGCUAACAGUUCUGCGCUGACAUGACAAUGUGGUCUCAAUUAGAGUGGGAAUGAUUAUCAUAAACAGAAUAAAGGGUCUUAACUAUCUUGAUUAAUUGUUUGGAGAUUAGAGGAUAAUGUUUGUAAGAUUUGUCAAAUAAUUAAAUUGUGCACAAGAUUGCUAAGUUUAUCAUACAUCCUGGCAUUUUGUAAAAAAAAGUAAAACAAUUGGAUUCUAAAGAAUUUCAGUACUCUAUUCUGUAAUUAUUACACCUCUGGUCUAAUAGGAGAGUUUUGUAAUAUGAUUUUAAUAAAGACGCGUUCAACAGUCUAAUUGUAAUUCCAUUUAAACUAAUUUCUUUUUGUGCAGUAUAUAAAGAAUGUUUCCGGAAAUUUUAUUUGAACUGGAAUGCUUUUACGAGAGCCAUAAUGCCUUUGUGCCUCCAGCUACAUUUUUCCUUACAAACCUGAGAUUAUCACAAUUGCUUCACAAGGUUUUCUGUCAUUAUUCUGGCAUACACUUUUCGUAUUCAUGAGCUACAAGAGGCAGGAGGUCAGAUAUUUUAGAGUGGAAAUUUAUAUAGUUUAAUAUGAGCUAAUGAUGGAUGCUAUAUCUGUAAAUUAAUUCCCAUUUUCUGUACUCUUAUUACUAAUAGAAAUUUAACAUUGCUUAUUAACUUGAGGUGAAAUCCUGUGCCUAGAUCUUAAAUGCACCAGCUUGAAGGAUACACACACCUUCAAUUUACCAAUUUCCCACAUAUACAAUUGUUCUUGUGCCUUCUGUGGCUGAACAUUUCUUUUGGGAUUCUUGAGGAUUUCCUUUUUAUUCAUAACCCACUGCAAUAAAUGCCAGAUUUUAUUUCCUGCAGUUUACCAUGAUGGUAAUAGCUAUGCACAUAUUGUAUCUUUAUAAAAAAUAAACAGCUGGAAAAAUUUUUGAAGAAGAGAAUUUUUAGAACAGUUUGAUAAAGCAAAUUAUUUUUUCCUUUUCGACUGUUUGCUCAGCAUUCAAGUUUGGGAAAUCUUGUAGAAGCCAAUUUUUUGUAACCGUGGUGCAGAUUUUGUGUUUUCAUAGAUUAUAAAAAGUAGUAUAGAAGCAAUAUUUCAUAUGAUGUGUUUUAAGUGUGAAGUGAAAGCUGAUUUUUUUUCCCUUUUUAGGUGGACAACUUUUCUAUUUUAGACAUGCUGAAAAUAUGUUUUGUGAAGAGAUUGUUUUAUUGUGACCUCUGCGGCACUUAUAUUUAUGACUAUUGCCGAUUUGUCGCAGAGAAUGUUCACAGUAGUGAAAAAUUUAUAUGGCAGACAUUAAGUUGUAGUAUUUAAAUAGUAUGAGGUAUUUACUCACAUAUUUUAUUGCAGCUAGAUUGUGCCUCAGAAUAUCAAAAGCUGGUAAUUGCUUUAAGUUUCUGAUUUAAUAUUUUUGGUUUUUUAAAACAUGUUGUAAAGUAAUUGCAUUAAAAAUAUGUGGGUAAAUAUUUAUAAAAGUUUUAAAAAGGGAGCCCUCGAGAAAUGCUAACCUUAAAUUACCAUAUUUCAUUUGAUUUGUUUUGCAUUCUUUUUUCGUACCCCUCCUUUUAUAUUUUUCAACUAAUCAACUUUCACAUCUGAUUUUAUUUUGCAAAACAUUUUGCCAUCACAGGAAAUACAAUGCAUGAUGUGAUACUGAUCAAAAAGUAUGUAUUUAAUUUCCUAUGAAAAUACCUAUUGCCAUUUUUCCCACAAAUGUAAACUCAUACAUUUUGGAAGACUUAUUACAUUUAUCAAAAUUCUUUGAUAUUCACUUCAUGGUUUAUUGUAUUCAAAAUCCACAAAUUUGCGCUCAUUACUCAUUAUGACUUCUGUAUCUUGUAAAAUAUUUACAGAAUGUAUAUUGCAUCUACCCAGUAAAUAAAUAAGUAAAUGGAUGAAUCCUGAGACCUUCCUUGUGGUGAUGUCAGUGGCACAGAAACAGCUACAGCAAAAGCAAAAGCACAUGCACUUGUAAAUUAUGUAAUUUACCCAAAUCUUGACCACGUAUAACCUUUUUUUAAAGUGGUAGUUUAAUGUUGACCUGUUUUUUGAGAACUCCCUUCAAAUUGAAUGGCAAGGGAGAUGGCUGUUUUGGAAAUGGUUACUGCGUAUUGCACUUCUAUUGCAGAAUGUGAAGUUGAAUGAAAUGUGCUCAUCUUGUCAUAGAAAACUGUGGGAUAUGAACUGCCUGCGAUGAAAACGCUUGUAUGUAUAUGGUUGCAGAAAAGUGAAAAAAAACACUGCCUUUAUAUUAUUUAGCAAUAUGUUGUACAUAGCAUUAUGCUCCUUUUUUGUAUUAAAUACCUGUUAAUUUGAAAAUAGUGCAGUAAUUGAAACUGACCUAGUCAGUGUUUUUUUUUCGAUUUUUUUUUUUCUCUAGCUAGAAACCAUUUUGAUUGUGGAUUUUUGUUGUUGUCAAUUGUUCUGAAACUUUGCAUAAUUUAUUGGUUUAAUUUAUCCUAAUUUAUUUGAAGGUGUACAAUUUUUGUAUUACCAGGGAUGUACUGUAAUAAUUGAUCAUAUAAUGAAAUGAUGAGCCCUGUCCAUAUUAUAGGGGUGCCGUAGCCAACUGACAUAAGCAAUCCUUAUUAAAUUCUGCUUGGCAGCUACUAAAUUUUGAAGAUAAAACCUUUUGUUGAAUAACUGAUUUUAUUUUGUGUGUUUUAAGCUUUUUUUGUAUGGUAUCCAGACUUUUACCUUUGCUUUGUACCACCUACAGACUACAGUAGUUCAAUUGCCUUGUGUGCCUUCCAUUCUUCUCUGAACUGAAUGUAUGUGCAGUAUAUAUGCAAGCUUGU